AUGCAAGAUACACUAAACCGUAAGCCGGCCGGCAAAGGUCGCUUCGAUCCUUCGGAGCCUCUGCACAUGACAACAAGACAUGCUGCUGCGCGGAAUGUACGCCCCGGCGGAAGCUCUUCUAUCAACGGCUCAGUCGAUGAUAACGAUAGCCGCCGAGGAUCUAUGGAUGACUUCAUGCACAAUCCGGCCCAUAACUUUUCUCCGCCCAAAGGAAGGCGCAUCUCUGGAGAGUCCCAUCACAGCACCUCUCAACUGGAUCCGCCAUUUGGUCAUAUCUCCAUACCACAAUUCGGCCUCCAAGGCUCGCAAUCGCCUUCGAGAAAGCGGAAACGAACAUACAGUACGCCGCACAUAUCCGAAAGUAUCGACACAGAUACACAUCCUGCAACCCGCGUCCGUACUACAGAGGAGAAUCUCGAUACAUUUAACGCGGUCGUCGUGCCAGGAGAUCAUCUGUCCGAUCGGGUAUCCGCAGGAAGCUCCAGCAGUCGAGACCCUGAGCAUUACGCAGUCGCUAUUCAAUCAAACGAGGUCACGCCUACAGCUACUCCCAUGGCAUCUGAACCUGUCUCGCCUGUUUCCGAUGAGACGAACAUCACUCCCCACUAUUCGGUAAAGCACAUGGACAUUGCCAUGGCCGAUAUCGAUGGCCCGGGUGACGAGGAGGAUCUUGACGACAUUGAUGACGAUGAUGUGCCAGUUGCGGCGGAGGACAUUGACGAUGUUGCAGACCCCGAAGACGACGAAGAUCAAGUCACCGCAGGUCCUCGUAAACGCUUGACUGGACGUCGUCGAGCGGAUCACCAUAAUGUCAAAAUUGAGGCCACUAUGCGAAGGCAGUUGCAGCUGAAGUCUGCAUAUCGAUGCAUCGCGCGUGCGCUGAAGCCUCUGUUAGCAGAAAUCGCCUUCAAAACCGUAGAAGAACUUGAGGCGAACCCGGUACGACAUCAGCAAGCGCUGGAGUAUGAGAGUGAAGGCGGAGUCCACCAACUCUUGGACGCAGCGCUUGCGAACCGGAAGCGGCAACUGGAACUGCAGGUUAAACACAAUCGGGAACAGCUGAGGGACAGAUUCCUGGGCGAGAAGGCUGUGCGCACCAACGUUUGCACUAAUGAGGUCAAUAUCACCCGUCAGACACGUCUCGACGAGCUGGAGCAUGAGUUUCUAAGGAUUGCACGGGGAAUGCAGAUUGAGCAGACCAGGAAGCAGGACGUUACGGAUGACGAAGACGGCGAUGUUCUGCAUCGACCCAAGCAUACAGAUUAUCGAUUUACCAGAGGAGCACCACUUGACCCCAGACACGAGUCCCGAAGCAGAGUGGGACUGGAGACAGAACGAGCGAUCUUCGACAUGCAACGGCGCUUCGAAAUGCAUGAAAUGCUUCAGGACGCAAGCACAAAGGAGAGUGUGCAGAACAUGGAGAGCUUCACAGUAAUGGAUACCACUGCUCGAGCUGCCGCCGUAGCACAGCGCGAGAGCAUAUGCAAUAUUGACAUGCUUAUGCACGCCGCUGCAGAAGUUGACAGGUUGGCGAACUUACCCAUAAUUCCAAACGAGGAAGCUGUUGGAUUACAGGUGUUGGGCGAUCUUGCGUCAAGGCCUUCAGUGAGAGCCGCUGUACUAUCUCCUGCGACACCACGUCGGCUGGAUGAGGCAUUUGUCCCGGAGCAGCGAGAGGUACAACUUCCGACCUCUGAGCGUACUCCGGGUGGAUUGGACAAGUGUUAUCAAUCGCCUCUGCGAUUUUCGCCUGGCACAGAGCAGUUCGUACCGCACCAACCUCAGAACUCGACACAGCGCAGCCACUCUGAGAGACCUACAUGGGAUACUUCACUCGCAUCGUCACCACCUACGAGCACGAAGAGGCUCAGCGAUUUUCCUUUCCUGAGAUCGUACUUUGGAUCACCGAGUCUGAACCUGCCUGGUAAACAUGAGCCACCCCAGCAGCAACAUCGCAGACAGUUGUCUCAUGAUACCUUCCAACAUCACAGACAGCCAUCACAGGGCUUGAUUUUAUGUCAGCGAAACGACUCCGAAGAGUCGGUACAAGCUGAUUCUGGGAGCGUGGAGGCCACGCUAUCAGAUGCUUGGAGCAGAGACGAUGCCGCUCGGGGAUUACAUCGACGUCCGUGGACCGGCGACUCUCGUGUGCGCUCUAGCGACCCAGGAGAGAGCUUGUCAAGAUUCCAGCCUCGCAUUCUUCGUCCACAGGAAGAACCCGCAGCUCUCGCAGCGCCUACCAACAGGGCUUUAUUGGAACUAGACGACGCAAAUCGCGAGACUCCUGAACAUAAACUAAUCCCGCAAGCUGAGCGUCAAAUUGGAGUCGACGAGGGAGACGAGAGCAGGCAUCGCUCCCAUACUCGGCCAGUCGAGACAGUUUUUCGAGAUGACCUUCUCGAGCAGGCUAGCAGCGAAGGUGCAACAGAAGCGCAGGCGAGGGAUGACGAGGCAGAUCACACCAGGCCGACUCAGGAAGCGAAUGAAGAUAUGCAAACCCACAAAGCCCGUUCACGAGGAUCGUCUCCCGAUCGGUCACCAACUACAGACGUCAGUGGUAGCCAAGACGGUGAUCGUGGCUCUCAUGGCCGAGGCAAAGAGGGCAAGCAUUACUUGAAGCCUAGCAAAGCCCAGCGUAACGGCUUCUCCAGAAAGGCGCUGAAAGAGCUUAGGAAAGGGUCACAAAAGCGGCCCAGUCCUAGCGUAGCCCAGGUGUCUGAAGGAGGAAGUCAGAUGUUUCGCUUUCGUCUCAACACAGCGGACACGAGCAAGUCGGGCGGCUUCACAUCGCGCGUGCCCACAGGUACACCCCAAUCGGUGCAUCACGGUCCGGACUUGCCAUAUCCAGCGCUACCGUCCUACAAUAAGCCUCCAGCAGCGCCAGCUCCGUUUCCACCAUCACAUGGCCCCCAUGGACCAUCGCAUGGUCACCAUCCACCACACUACUACCACCCUGAUUCGUACUAUCCACAUCGAAACAGUCUACCGGGCCCAGGAGCACCUCCGUCGUGGCCACCACCACCAUUCGGGUCUAGUUACGGACGUCUUCCGCCUCCUCCUCAUCCUCCUCCUCACGGAUCAUCUUCCAUGGGCCCUCCUCCAUCAGAGGGCUGGGCGUCGGGCGCAGCGGGGUCCUCGGCUUCUCAUAUGGGUGGUCCCCAUCCCGGGCUAUCACGAACGUCGUCGCUGAGCUCACAGUACGGCGGGCCAGCGAUCGCACCUGCGAGACCAGAUGCGCGCUAUCCAUACGGCACGGGGCCCCCUGGCGGCAAUCAUCCGCCAGCCUUUGCACAGCAACAAAGAAAUUUGGAGGGAGGCGGCAGCGGCAGCGGCAGCAGCAGCGGCAGCGGCAGCGGAGGUAGAAGGAGAACGCACAGCGAUGCUCCUCGCGACACCAAGUGGCAGCACUACAAUCCUUCAGGCAAAAAGUAG